AUGAACGCUGGCGAUAAUCAGGUACAACCCCGUAAAAUUUGUGGUAUCGGUGCCGGCAUUCUCGGUGUCCCAACAUGCGCCGUACUCGCAAUACAGUGUCCCGAAAUACAGGUUCACGUUGUUGAUGAAGACCAAGAUCUUGUUACUCGUUGGAAUAGCGAAUAUCUUCCAAUUGAUGAGGUGAGCACUUUUAUCAAUAGUAUUUCGAACUUCCACAUCGGUCUACCUAUGAAUAUUAUCACCUUUACCGAUUUUUGGAUUUCUGUGCCUGUAUCUCCAUGA